AUGGUUCCUCAGCAGACGCCACCAGACGACCAAGCGCAGCCACGUACGUUCCACUUUAGCGACAAGUUGGAGAAUCACCUGCGUCGAGUGGAUGAUCCAGGUCUGCGUUGGUGUCAACGUCGCGUUGAAAGUCGUCUGCGGUAUUGGUUAGCACUUGCGCUCACCGCCAUCACCACUGUGGAAGCUGGUGUUCUCUUUACGUUCGUCUUGUGCGGGGCCGGCUUUUGCAGACAAGCCUGCGUUUGGAAUAUGCACCUGCUCGUAUUGAGUCUGGUCUCUCAAGUUCCGAAGCGCUUUAUCUGGCGAAGCCGGCCGCACGUGCAACAGCGUGCCGUUCCCCUGCGGAGAGACCGAACGUCUUCGUUCCCAUCGAGGGGAGUCACGUGUGCCUGGGUAUACCCCGUGGCCCUGAUUCGUGCUUUUCGGUGCACACAACCCGCAACGCAUAUGAGCCGUACUCAAAGUUUUUUCCUGUCUUGCGUAUUCGUUGGUUCGGCGACACUGCUGACAUUGGCUACAGCCUGGGCUCGCGUCUUUCUCGGUGUACAUUUCCCGACGGAUACGAUUGCAGGUUUCCUUCAGGGCCUACUCAUUCUCGCGCUAGUUCCCCGGCAAUACGAUGCAUUUUGUCCCCAGAUGCGUUCGAUAUGGGUCGCGCUACGGAACACGCCAAAGUCCUUGGAUGGCCUGCGGUUCGUAGGUAUGACUGCUGUCGGUGCCCAGCUGCUGCUGAUCGCUGAACUACCCCGCCUUCAACUCUGGGGCAAGGCAUCCUUCGUCUUUGGGGCCGAAUGGAGCAUGAUCGCUCUUGGUGUAAGCGGCUUGCGAUUCAGGCCAUUUCGGCUGUCAUGGGAGGUCCGUCUACUUGGCGCCCUGAUCAGCGCGGUUUACGGAGCCGCCACUCUGUUCACAGCCGCGUUUUUCAUUUCCGAACAACAACGCCAUCAACGGUCUCCUAAGCGACAUCACCAAUCCCAGAGAUGGCUAGCCAUACCACACUUGGCGAUUUUCCUCUCCGUAUAUGGUGCUGGUGUCCUGUUUUUUUGGAUUGCUCCGAAAGUGCUCUCAAAAUUUGAGUCAUUUGUCGGAUGA